UUUGAAGGGUCGUUAGGACUUAAGACGAAGGGGGUGGUGGCCUACAACCUACGAAAAAACAGAGAAAGAGAGGAGACUGACUAUACAUACAUGUGUCCCCAUGGUUUCCCUCCAAAGGGGUGAAGCAAAGCAGAGCAAAGCAAAGCAUCUCAUUCAGUUCCCUGCUUUUCCUUGUGUGAGCGUCGCAGCAACCUUGGCAGCCAGUGAUGACUGUUAACACCGCCUCCGCGCAUUACUGGCUGAAUUGGAGAGUACUGCUGUGCGCGCUUUGGGUUUUUUCGUCCGUGGUCGUCGGAGCCAUUUUGAUAUGGAGGUAUGAGGGCCCCGCCGACGGCUCAGCGAGAGCACAAGAAGAAGGCAGAGCAGAGGACGGCCGGCAGAAGUCUGUCGGAACUCUGUAUGACGACGAGUCGUGGAGACCGUGCCUUAAAGACAUCCAUCCUGCUUGGCUGCUCGCCUUUCGGAUGACGUCGUUCUUCGUAAUGUUGACGUUGCUCAUCGCCAAUCUCAUCGUGGACGGAGGGAGCAUCUUCUACUACUAUACUCAGUGGACAUUUGCUUUGGUAACCAUCUACUUUGGGCUCGGUUCGCUGCUGUCCAUCUAUGGGUGCCAUCAAUAUCUCAAUAAUAAAGUUGACAUCGUAAGACCGGAUAUCGAGCAAGGCACAUAUGAGGCUCCUAGAAGUUCUGAGGAAAAUGCAAACCCGCAUGCUGUCAAAGAGUCUACCUCCCAUGAAGGUCACUUUGCUCGACAAACCGCUGGAUUUUGGGGUUAUGUUUUUCAGAUCAUCUAUCAGACAAAUGCAGGUGCUGUGAUGCUGACUGACUGCGUAUUUUGGUUCAUUAUUUUCCCUUUCCUUGCCAUCAAAGAUUAUGAUCUCAACUUUCUACUUAUUGGGAUGCAUUCAGUUAAUGCCGUUUUCCUCCUCGGUGAUACUGCACUGAAUAGUUUGCGCUUCCCCUGGUUCCGGAUUGGCUACUUCCUGUUAUGGACAGCUACUUACGUUAUUUUUCAGUGGAUAAUCCACGCUAUUAUCCCGCUAUGGUGGCCUUACCCAUUUCUUGACUUAUCCUCUUCUCGGGCUCCUGCAUGCUAUCUCAUGGUGGCGUUGAUGCAUAUUCCCUGCUAUGCAAUAUUCCCUCUGAUUAUAAGAUUGAAGCAUUUUCUAUUGGCAAGGUGGUUUCCUCAGUCCUACCAACCUGUGAAGUGACCCAAGAGAAAGAAGUGCCAUUUUCUCUAUGGCUCCCAAGUUGUACAAAGUCAGGGGGGGGAAACCAUUGAUGCUAUUCUUAAAACUGCAUUCAGAUUUGAUGACAACUUGCAGGCAUCGAAGCAAGCAGCAGGUGCCAGCAUUUCUGUCCUGAAACAAACUGUUGAGCUCAAGACCGCAUUUAUAGAAUUUCUUUUUCCCCCCCUUCCCUUUAAAUCCACAGAUAAGUCAUAUAUCAAUACAUUCAAAGGCGAUUUAUAUACAACAUUAAAACGUAUUGUACAUCUUCCAUCUUUCUUUGCCUUUGAUGGCACGAUGCUUCAAACACUGGGUAUUCUUUUCACUGGAGUUUUGUAAAGAACAAUGUUGUAUAAUACAGCUUACUUGUGCACUUACUUCAAACACUCACUGCUUUCUUCGUGAGUUCCCAUUUCA